AUGCUGCGAGGUGACUGGCCAUAUCAACUGCAACAACACCCGACGCAUCAGCAGCAGCAGCAGUACAUCAUGCAAGACAACAACGCCAUGACCAUGAACAUAAAUCCAUACAACAGCGCCUCCUUUGGUGCUCACCUGCAGGCGUCGCCCGUCGAGUUCAUGCCCGCGGGUGCGAUGGACAACUUCCCGGUCACCUCUGCCAUGGAUGGCAUCCACAGGCACUCUGUGUCCUCCCACUCAAAUAACUCCGGGAGCUCGCCAACAGGAUCCAUCCUCGAAGUGCAAUCUGUCUCCGACAACGAGGGCUCAUGGUCGAUCGUCAACUUCAAUCCCAACCGUGCAUCUCUCGACUCGUUCGGCACGGUAUCAAACCCUAGCCAGAACCUUCAUAUCCGCACCCACUCAGAGACAUCGUCUGAUGGGCCGCAUUCGGAGCUUUCCGGCAGUUGGGAGGAGGUCGCGCCAUGGCCAACGCAUUCGCCACAUGCGCUCCACGGCCAGGACUUCCUCGACGCACAUUACCUUGCUACUCACGGUGCUCAGCUACAAGAGCUUCACGACCACUGCGACCAUCACCGUGUCACACCCGAAUCAUCGUCUUCCGAGGACAGCCCAUCGACGGGCAACGCACAUUCAUACCACUCGUCCGGCUCCUCAACCACCUCUCCCAAUUCAACAGGUAUUACAUCGCCUCCUCUUCGUCGUCGCAAAUCGCCUCUCGAGGGGAAGACGACCAAGUCUGUCAUCAAGAAGUCACCAACUGGUCGCAAGGACGGCCCGGCAGAGAAGAAGGUUGGCCGGAGACGAGGGCCACUGCGUCCAGACCAGCGCCAGCAAGCACAUGAGAUCCGAAAACUUCGUGCCUGCUUACGAUGCAAGUUCCUGAAGAAGACUUGUGACAAGGGCGAGCCUUGCGGCGGAUGUCGACCGAGUCACGCCCGGUUAUGGAUGGUACCGUGCACACGCAUGGACAUCAAGGACAUUGGCUACUUCAUGAAGGACUGGAAGGCUGACUAUGAGCGCCACUUCAGUCUCGGAUUCAGUGUCGGCAACAUCAAAGGCUUUAGCACAAUUGAGCGUACCCUCUACAUCACUCAUGGCUAUGGACACUACCUUCCCAUCACCGCCCGCGAAGUCUUUGUCCGAGACGAUUCGUGCUUCGGCAUCGACUGGGUCGAGACGACAAGAAGUGUCAAUCCCGUGGAAUUCGACGUCGGCACAGCCAAGCUCUCCGCUGGUAUGGAGGGUGUCAGCACUACACUCCUGUCUGAGUACCUUGACCGCCACCUUGAUACUGGCUUUGAGAAGUUUGUCGACGACUACUUUGAUGGCACCAAGUUCCUCACCGAGAUCCUCAAGACGGCAUAUCGCUACUACCAGAAGGAGAAGACGCCCUCAAUACGAAAGGCGCUCAAGCUCGUCCUCGCCUACAACCUCACAAUGCACGUCACCAUGAUCGAAGGACUCACAGAAGAGGAACAAUUCAAAGGCCGCAUCAACGAUCCAAAGUCAAAGUGGAGUGGCAGCACCGUUGCGCCUGUCAUGAUCAACUUCCAAGUCAAGUGCGCUCUGGCAGACAUGUGGCGCGAACUCCAAAGCGAUAUUCUGGUCGAGCUGUCAUCUCUGUAUCAGUCCGUCUACUCCGGAGAGAAGCUCAAACACUGGCCGACCAUCUUCAUGCUUGCGGCCAUUCUCCUUGCGAUCUGGGAAGAAAUGCAAUUCGACUGCCAUUAUCGUGUGCCGGACGAGCAGGCUGUCAACAAAUUCUGCGAUGACAUGGAGACGACUCCCGUUGGUGUCAUCGUUGGUCUGUUCCAGGCGAUCUCGACCAAGCUACCCGCUCUGCAGGAGUGGGACACGAAGAAGCAUCACCACCUUCUCAAUUCCAACGUCGCUGUGUGUGAUGCUCUGACGGAGGUCAAGGGUCACGUCAACAAAUAUGAGACCUACCUCAAAGACCGCUCUAACGCCAAGUUCAACCCUGACGAUUUCGACUGUCUCACCAACAAGUUCCUCAGCAAGCUGGUCAUCCGCGCGAACUAG